ACCAGAAGUAGAAGUAGUGAGUGCAACUUGAGAAUAAAGUCAUUACACAUGUGCAGCAACAAGUCGGCCAUACUGGCUUUGGAACCAACUCCACGACGAGUUCGAUAGCCGUACCACCAUUGGCGCAAGGAAUCACACCCCCGCCUCCAUCCGAUGAACCGCAAUGCGAAUUCCUCCGGUGCCCCCGCGCUGUCGCGCACGCUGAGCCAGUACAAACUCCAACACAAAAAGCGGUACAAUGUCGGCGCGACUACGACUGGCGGGGCGAAUGGAGAACACUUCGGAGGGGGCGGCGCUCCGGGUGGUCGAAUCGGCGCGAGCACUACCACGAGACUUCGCAGUCACUCCUUCGGUCUGCCGUCGACUACAGGUAUUGCCGGUCAACAGACGCGAGGGCAAGCAGGAACUGCUGGCAAUAGAGGCGGCAUUAACUUGGUCACUAGAACUUCCGGAGGAGGACAGCUUCUCGACCCUUUCGACCAGCAACCGAAUAGUAGCACCGCAGCAUUCUCCACAACUUAUUCCGGUGCUUUUCCCAGCUCCGGUUUGCGAUUGCGGUCCAACUCUUUCGCGUCUGGUGCGAAGAAAACCGAUUCCUCUUCGCAUCAGUUGCUGCCGCCGAUAAAUGCGUCGAAAAAUUAUAACGGGAGCAGCACUUCUACGACUACGUCUACGACCAAUCAGGGGAUCAACAACAGCGCGAAUUACAAGUAUGCAACUCUUGUCGCCACAGUUCUUUGAUAAACGAGAAGCGAGAACAUGCAUGAAGGAAAUAGCGCAGUAACAAACUGCCGGCCGCCCAGGCCCUGCCCAAGCAGGUCGAGAAGACCGCAAGGGCAGGGGCCAGGCAGGCCAGCAGCGCCAGUAAGAUCACAGAAGGCGCGCCCAGCCGAGCCACAACGGUCGCCACCCCGCAUCCAGGCAGAGGAUGCGAGGGCGGUGGCAGAAGAGGCAUGGCGGGGGGGGGCGGAAAGUUUGUCGUAGUAUUUGCAUGGCCCACCAUCUGCCCCGUGACGCCACAAAGGCCAUGGCGGCAGGUGCCUCCCUGCGAGGAACGCAGCAACGCAAAUCCGGCCGCUCUUGUCCCGGCCACGCAGGCGAAGAAGCCUGCCGCGGCCGUCGGAGAGAGGGCGCCGCAACGCGCCCAGCCCGGGCCCCAAGAUCCAACGCGAAUGAUCCAAAAUAGAAACAGGGGGGCGUGGUGCGUGAUAGAUGUAAGCGCGACCCCGUUCACACACUUAAAGAAGAGAAAAGGCGCGACGGCGAUUAGGCGCAUGCUAUGCACCACAUCAGCCCGCAUGGGAGUAACCUUAUCGGACAAAGAGUAAGAAGAGAAACGCGCUCCCAAGAGAAACGCCCGAAGCCUUACAUAGGUCAGCAAAUAGCCCCGCGCUUUGGUCUACCCCUGUCGUAUUUUUUUUCGCCCGCCCGUAAGGAUUGCGCAUUUUUGGAAGCCACCCCCCCACGUAAAUUAUACCCUCGAGUCCUUUCGCUUUUUAGUGGCGCACCCAAAAAAGAAAAUGGCGAAGCUGGAACUCAGUGAGCGCAUCGCCUGGCCCGACCGGUGUGAGGUCUGUCAUUUUCGCCGCCGGGACGUUGAGAACGACUCCGACUGCUGCCGCGUGUGCAAUGGAUUUAGCACCGCCUGCGAUAAGUGCCAGACCCGAUACCCAGCCGGGUACUUCAAUUAUCCCGAUCGCAUCAAUGCCCUUCGGUGCGAGGAAAUUCAGAAGAGCCAGAAGUGGCCGCGCCCUGUGCCGCCAUUAACCCACAGCGGUUUUUUUCCUGUCCUCGAAGUGUUCGAGGCGCUUGCUGGUGAUGCAGCACCACAGGCCCCGACCCAACUGGACAACCUUUGCCGGCCGUGCGCCAUCAAGGCCAACGUCUUCACUGCGCCGGAGUACGCUCUCCCCCACCCGCCCGAGGUUUGGGGAGAGAUGGAAGUAGAAGCAGCCCCGUGCAAGUGGUGUGGCGUGUAUGUUUACGAAAAUACGGAGGCAACGUGGGACCCUGCAACAGAGCAGCAGAAGACCUGCAUCCUCUGCAACGACGGCGCGGAGGCGCUUUCCUCGGACUUUUGGGAAAGGUUGACCGAUGGCCGGGAGGAAUACAUCCAUGAGUGGGAGACGGUUCCGAAGGCCUCCGCCCUGUACGCGCGAGCAAAUUCCAACGUCGCUAUGAUGCGCUACCAAUAUGAACCACGGGACGCGCGGAGGCACACCAAGAAGGAGCGGAAGUACAUGGGCCGGCGCGCCGAGUCGUUUCCCUUGGGCUCCCAGUUGUUCUCGUUCGGGACUGGCCUAUGGUGCCCCAACUACUUAGCGGACUGCCUCGGGAUCAAAGUGGCUCUGACGGUGGCGGCAGGAGGGAAGUCGCCGCGGGCGCAGGAAAAAAAGGCAGCCGCCGACAUGCUCGGGCUCCUGACCCGGAGGAACCGCGGGCACCCGGUCUACAGCCAUGUAAAUUUUCAGCGCUACCUGAACGACCCGGGGCCAAUUACCGGGCUCGGGCUUGAGCUUGACGCCGGGGGGGUUUGUGGGGUGACCAUUCGCGUAAACGCCGGACGCAUGCGCGAAGGGUCCGAGAUUUUUUUCCCCACGAAGGAGCAGCACGACAUGGAUGCGAAGAAGAUCCACCAAAAGCAUGAGGACCUGACGCGGUUGUGGGAGCAGUUGCUCGGCGUCGAGUUUCCGCUGCUUUUCGUGAACGGCCUGACUUUGCCGGCCAACGUGACUACGAAGUGCUUUCUCCGCCAGUAUUUCGCACGCCCGGAAAUGAUGAGCCCCGUGCUCCAUGACCUCCACCAGGAGCUGCUCCUGCGCUUUUCCCUCAAUCAGCGGCAGCGCCUCAUCCUCGCCUAUUCGGCAGCGUACCAAAAAAGCCACCCGGGAAAGCUUCCCCGCCGCCUGCCCGCCAACGUGCCCGGCUCGUUAGAAGAAGUCGCGGAACAGCGGGGCAAGGCGUUCGCCAUCAUGCGCAAGCUCGGCGCUGCGGACCUCAUGACGACCGCGACGCAAGCAGACGACACGCGCGAACUUGUCGCCGAGGCUUCGCGCAGACCCUGGGGCACCUGUGGCGUUCUCGACGAACCCGCUGCAAGCGUGCGCGCCUUUCAAGCGAAGAUGUGGCUGCACACGGACAGCCUGGAGCAAAUCUACGGCCCCUGCGCCGCAGUAACUUGGGGAAAAGAGGCCCAGCCCAGCAGCGGCAGACCGCACCAGCACACUCUGACGUGGUUCCUGCUUCCGCUUUUGCUCGAGCAGGAUUUCGAUGAAUUCAUUACCCGCAGCCGCGACUUCAUUCCCCAAGACUGCCCCGCUUGGAAAGAAACCGCCGACAAAGUUUUCUACCAUAACCACACAGCGGCCUGCUUGCGACCCGGCCAGACGCAGUGCCUCCGGCGCAUUCCUGCCGUGGUCGUUGCGGUCACAUAUCUCGACGACCGGGGCUUCUUGCAGAUCGAGACCGACCCCGCCGAUGUGAUGUUCGUCGGUAUCGACAAAAAGACCUUCUGCCGGUUUCGUGCGCAUUGCCACGCAACAGGGGUCGGGGGGGCCAACAAAGUCCGCUACGUGAUCACCUACCCGAUUAAGAAGAUGAAGCCCCUCGGGAAAAACACGGAGCAGGGAAGCUGGCAAAUGUUCGAGCAGGACGGGCGCUGUAAUGAGGUCGAGACGCUUCACGCGGCCCAGGUGCUUCCCGCGUCGGAUGCGGCUGCCGAGCUCUAUGGCUUCAACCGGCUCGGGGUCCACGUCCCCGACGGCCUUCUCCGUCCGAUUCUCGUAAAUGAGUACCACAUCGACUCCGCGCGUUGUUUCCGUAUGGCGGCAGGGCCGACGGAUUACGUCAGCAACUGGCUCGACCGGCCGGAAAAAUAUCGCUCUUGGUCGCUUGAACGGUUCUCCCUCGGCACUAUCCCGUCGGCAGACGCGCGGCUUCUGGCGCCUUUCAUGCACUGGCACCCAGCGAUCCACGAGGAAGAGUUUCGCGGGGAGACGCGGUUCGGCGUUGUCUUGGAAUUGCAGACGCUUCGGGAGUUCGUCCAGUUCUUAGAGGAACACCGGAAGGAAAUUCGCGGCAACACGGCGGGCGCGCUCGAGAAAGCCAGGCGCAUCCUCGCAAAACGCGACCCCUUUCGGGAGAUCGCCCACAUCCGCGGCAAAAAUUUCGGGGACACCUAUCUGCUGUGGCUUUGUGGGCUGCAUCUUGUUGAAAGGGCUGACGUGGAGGAGUAUUUUGACGACCCCGCAGCAAGCAUGCGGCGCUGGAAUUACCCCGCCCACCUUGCGGGGUUUGUUUUUCAAAACUUUUUGGAUGAACUCACCCAAUUGCGGCCGCAGACCGGCCCGCUGACGCUUUUCGUGAAGUACUUCACAAACUUCCAGGCGGAGGCCCGGCAGAUUGCAUGGCAGUGGCUUGAGGACGAACAUGGAAUCCCGGCGAAGGUCAUCGCGCAGCGGCUCGAGCGCGAAGGCAUCGACCGCCACACGAUUCGCCAGACCCGCCCGGACGCGGCCACCCACCUGAUGACCUUUGGAUCCGACCGCGAGCGACGGCAGUACUAUGUCGACGCAUACCACGCCCGCAUCCGCGCAAACCGCCAGGCACACGCGCGGGAGUUCGCAAACCUUCUCCAUGGUGCCGACCCGAACGCGAUCGAGAUGACACCCGGACAGAAAGCAGCCUUCUAUGAGUUCAUGGACGGCGGCACCGAGACCCCUAACUCGGUCGCCGACGUUGUUGUAUGCGACGAAGCUGCCGGGGCCGGCAAGGCCAUUCUGAUUCGUGCAAUCGAGCUCGCCUCCUACCUUCGGGGCCUUGUCAUUAUUCUGCUCGCCUCCACCGGGCAGGCCGCCACAAUCAUCGGCGGCAAGACAAUGCACGACGGCCUCGGGAUGACGAUCGAGCUCGAGGACAGCAAGGCUUGGGGGGAAGAGGCGCAAGCACUUGCCGGCGCGGCCGACAUUGUUCUGAUCGAUGAGGACGCCAUGGGUAACGCUGAGUGGUUCGAGACUGGGGAGAAAAAGGUCGGCGAUCAGACGCUUCUUUGGAUGCAGGCCCUUGGCAAGGCGUCGGGCCGGGCACGCGCGAAGCCCUGGGGCGCGAAGAAGGUCGGGCUCCUCGGCGACACCCACCAGCUUCCCAGCGUGUUGCGACUCACAAAAGCCACGGACGCCCUUCUUGCUGGAUCGCCGACGCCGUUCGCCCGGUAUGUGGAGACCCUCCCACGCGUGCGCUACAUCUACAUCGACAACGGGAAACACAACCCGCGCUACGACACACAGGAAUGGAGUGAAGAGCUGGACCCUAUUCGAACGGGCGAGACGAAGGAGAUCGACCUCACCACCUUCGGGCGGGUCGGCGCUGCGGACGCGGAAUACUCCUACCAAUGGCUUGGGGAGCGUGUUCGCAUUGGUGGCGGCGUCGAUGCCCUGAACAAAGUGGAGAUCGUUGUCGGCACCCAUCGCGAACGCCGCCGGGUUCUCGGGGUGCGCGCGCGGGCUUUGCGUUCCCUGCGGGUCGCGUGCCGCACAUACAAACCCCUGAUGCUCAACAUGCAGAAUCCAUUGCUUGAAGGCUUCGAGACCGAAGAAUCGACACGGUCGGAGGCUCUGGAGCUCUUCAUCGGUGAGCGCGUCGCCCUUACGGGCCCACUCAGAUUAUUGCAACGCACAUACGCGACCAACUCCCGCGGCAUCCUUCGCGGGUUCGGCGACACUUUCGUCCUUGUGCGAUUUGACGACACAGGGAUGGAGGAAGAAGUGCCGCUCAACAGUACCUGGGAAGAAGACGUGGACGCGGAUCCGGGCGCGCGCUGGUUGGUUUUGGCGAUCGGGGUCCGUGCCAGCGUGGUCAGCACGACCCACAGCUUCCAGGGGCGCACGGUUGCCCUCGGUAUCCUUUACGUGAUUUCCGUCGCAACCAUCUGGGUACUCCAUGGGAUCGCCUUCACCAUGCUCAGCCGGCCGCGAAGUCGCAGCCAGGUCGCGCUUUAUCGCGAGGACGGGGUCACGACGUUAGAGAACUACGUCGACCUUGCGACGUUUGGACUACCGCGUCCGCGCGUUAGAUGGUUCCCGUAAGUUCCCUACCCCUCUGCGCCCUUAUGAGUAUGCCGAUCAAUUUACUAUUUUAUUUCUUUUUUAGUGCUUCACUGCUAGCCCUUUCCUGGUAUUUUGCCCCCGGGCCAGGCGCAUGCUUUUCAUUCCCACCCCUUGAAGGAAGUACUCCCAAAGCCUUCGCCUUUAUUUUAUUUGUCUGAUACCCCCCCCGGUCUUUUGUCUUGCUUCUCUUGAUGUAUUUGCUUGGUGCUGCACCAGGUCCCUAACACAAUAGGCCGAACCACACAAACAAAGAAACCAAAAGAAACCACUGACCCGCUCUGUUUGCCCUUUUGUUGUGAACAAAGAAACCAAAAGAAACCACUGACCCGCUCUGUUUGCCCUUUUGUUGUGCGCCAUCCGAAGAACACGCGCCGAGAAAGAAUCUGCCACCCUGGUCACAGGCUGGCCAGCAGGUCGUGGCUGGCAAUCUGGCCCCGGUGUGUUUUCGCUUUUCUUUGAGGUCUGAGAUGUAAGACCUGAGCUCUGAAGUCCGAGGGGUGGCGUUUGCGACGUGAUGCCUGAGAUCUGGGAGUCGGGCUCCGAGGUUGGUUCGAGAGGCUCGAGGGCUGAGAUUCGUGGUCUGAGAUUCGAGGUCUGGGAUUCGAGAUCUGAGACCCGAGCGAUGAGACUCGAGAUCUGAGACUCGAGAUCUGAGACUGGGCUCGAGAUCUGAGACUCGAGAUCUGAGCCUCAAGAUCUGGGAUGCGAGAUCUGAUCUCUGAGAUUUCAGAUCUGAAGACUGAGACAUGAGGCGUGAGAUCUGAGAUCUGAUCGCAAGUCUGCAGAUUUCAAAUAUGAAAGUUUGAAACUUGAAAACUUGAAAGUUGAAAACCUGAAACUCCAAAUUUUGAAACUUGAAAAUUUGAAAUUUGAAAACGUGAAACUUGAAAAAUUGAAAACUUGCAAUCUGAAAACUUGAAAUCUGAAAACUUGAAAUCUGAAAACUUGAAAUCUGAAAACUUGAAAUCUGAAAACUUGAAAUUUGAAAAUGUGAAAUUGAAAUGUUUGAAAGUGUGAAAUUGAAAUGUGCAAAUGUGAAAUUUGAAAUGUCAUAUUUGCAUUUGACGGAUCCGGUUUGUCAAAUCUGUUUUUGACGGAUCCGGUUCUCGCUUCUCGGAUAUUCGACUCGAACUCUCCUCAGCUCGCAACUAGAACUAUACAUCUUUACAUGAUGCGCAGAACAACUACGGUGGUAUGAAAAGCAAGUUCCGCACCACGUUCAGCACGAUGGAAGACGCGUUGGAAGCGAGGUCAAUUGAAAGGUUGCCGGCGGACGGGCUAGCAAGCGAAACCGCAGCAGCAGAACAAUUAGAAGAAGGCUUCGUUCCUCCACAUGCAGCGACACACGACCACGGCAAUAAAGAUCCUACAGGAGCCGCAUCCUCUACGGCCGCAGCAACUGCUACCAGCAAGACCAACCGUUCGCGAUCAAGCUCUUUGAAGAAGAAGCGCGGGAACUCCGAUUUAGUCGACCCGCUAUCAAAUGUAAAAGUGUCUGGGUCUGGAAGGUGGCAGCUUGUCAUGGUAAAUCUGAAGCAUGCAAAAAUCUGUGUUGCAUGAGUGCGAAAAGCUGUCCACUUUUGACCAAGAUGGAAGGGAGCUUCUCAUGCAGGGUAGGCAUGGCAGAGACCUCGCAGAUUCUGUCAUGCUAAAUCCCACAUUCCAGACCUCAUGGGUUAUGGAAAAUCUGCAUGACAAGUUUAUACUUUUGCAGACCCAGACAUUUUUGCACUUGAUACUCGCUGCUGAAUGCUGAUGGCAUCUUCAAGGCCUUUUCCCCGGUCAAGAAACGGAAAAACGUGACGAAACUUCCCUACCAACGAGUGCACAAUCGGUUCGCGAAAUUGCAGCAAACUGCAGCGGACCAAGGAACUGCGGGUGGAGGAGGAUCGAAUUCGACACUGCACCCCGCGGGUUCGGGCGGCCCUCCGGGAACCUCUUUUCAUCUUCCAGUUGGUACUACAACGAGCAGUGGUACUUCUACGAACAAUUAUCGCGUUAGCACGGUUUAUCUCAACCCUGUGGACCACGAACAACCGCCAUUAGCAUACCAGCGGGGCGGGGAGAGAAUGACUGGUGUUCUACUUCCAGGUGGCCCUCCUCCUCUGGAGAAUCCGCACCAGCCCGGCCAUCAGUACAACCAGAGCCAACAUCCGGGUUGUAUUUCAUCUGCCACCAGAGUUCUAGAGGAGGUGGUAGAAAGAGAAAGUGACGCUGCGGGCGGGCUGACAACUGAUCAGGAGUUUUUCACUGACGAUCAUGCCACGUUCUUGCAAGAGGAAGCGGAAGCCGUUUUGGCGGAAGCAAAAUCCUCGUCCCAAAAUCCGUCGACUUCUUCUCCCUCUAAAAUUUCUUCUUCCCGUCGGAUUAUCCAUCACGUCCCAGCAUCAAAACUACAGCAUGUAGGGGGGACGAGCAAUAUUAACGCAGGUACUACAAUAUGCAGUGCAAAAGGAUCGUAUUUGUAUAAAUGCAUAUACAAAGUUUCUCAGCAUGAGAAAUAAAAUUUGUAAUGCUAAUUUACUUUCAGAAAAAGAUUUGUAAUGCAUGACUGCAAUACGAGCAGGAUGCUUUUGCACAGGAUAUACAACGUCGAAAAAAACCGUGUGGUCUAACGAACUUCUGGCCAGUUCCAUGUCGAGCAUAGAGGACGGAGAGCCGCAGGCGCAACAGUGUCAGGAGAAGAAAAUCAUCGCGGACGAGCGUGUAGCAGGCAUGCAAACGCAAAGGCAGCAACAGGUGCAGAACAACAACUCACCGGCUAGAAAAAUGAGUAGCAACUAUACCAAUCACAACGCCUCGUCGCACCUCGGAUUCGCAACUUCCUCUGUCAUCGACGAUGAGGACAUUUUCUACGCGACGCCCUGUGAUGAGGAAGCGCAGAUGCAGCAGCAGAUGUUGAGUACAGAAGGCCAAAGCCAGAGCUUAGAACCGCACGACAACUUGAGGGCGGGGAGAAGUGCGUCGAACGAACGAUAUGAUCUGGAACAAGAAGUAGAGAGCCGCACUAUACAGCAACAGCAAAGCGGGGACCAAAUCCCAAAUUCGUUUACAAGAAACGAAGAUGCUAGCGACGGCGCGGGCGUUAAUGCCUCUUGGGAUCAACAAGAUGUUCUCGAUAAAUUUGCAAAGAGCCGGGAAUCGGUCGAACAGGAUGUGCAAAACACGCUGGAGAAGCUGCAGCAUCUUCAGGAGAAAAACGACCUCCACGAGGAGGUAGUCGUGGACAAAUCAAAACUGAUUCGGGAAAACGUCAACACGUUAUUCAAAGACAAGCCUUACCACCGGCGCGCGCCGUUGCUGAGCAGCACCCGACAGAGUCGGGAGCGAGCCCGGGCAGGUUCUACUUCGGGAGCUGGAAUUGCAUGCAACGGAGGUGGUGCUGGUCAACAGCUUGAGCUUCUAGCGAAUCAUUCUGGAGAAGGACCUCCAGGCGCUCCUCCUGGCGCGGGAAGAGCAGUGUCUUCAGGUCACACCGUAGGAGUUCUUUACCCUGCAGAACAAUGUACUGGAGGACGCGGAGAACCACUGCAGAAUCAUUCGACCGGGGCUAUUGCAGAACAAGAGCAGCAGAUGAACCACCUUUCGCCACCACGGCGCGGCUCCAAGAAUCUUCGAGGGAUGUUGAACAACUACCAUCAGCACCAGAACCCCCAGUUGUUCCUUUCGGAGGAAGACUUCAGUUUUGGUGGCGGCGCCAGUGUGAACCAGUCUUCCAGCGUCUUGUUAACCCAGUCGCAACAAUCCAUGCACUUGAAUCGGGAAAACACAAUUCUGACCGAGGCGAGUUCAUACGAGCAGGUACCGCUUUCUUCCGCCAGCGAGGAGUUGGAAGCGUUCUGGAUGAGCCCCACGAGCGGCGGCACCACUGCAAGAAACAGGCAGUUGUCCUCCUCUUCGCACACCAAUUCGCAGUCGCAGUUUCACACCUCCUCAAAUUUGUUCCCGACAGAUCAACACGCAAGGCUGCAGAUGAACCAGCAGCGGAACUACAAUCUGAACUCCGCAGCGCAAGUUGGUACUAUGUCAACUACGGCAACAACAUCAGAUGCGAUUGGUAGUGGAACAAGCUACAAUUAUCGGCGAAAAAAUAGCUCUGGAGCAGGAGCUGCGAUAUCAUCUUCCUCUGCGAUAAACGACCUGCAGGCAAUUGGCCGCGGGUAUCACGAUUCCUCGCUGAUGGACGAUAGUUGCCAGCAUCACCAGCAGUCGAUGGAGGAAAAUUCUUUCAUGCCGGAAGACAGCCAGCAACACUCCAUGACGUUCACCUGUACCGGGCAGGAAAUUUUCGGCGACGACCAGAAGUCGAAGUUUUAUUCGACACAAUUUGACACUUCAGCGCAUGACAACUUUAACCAUUCCGUCAAUGAGGACGCCGACGAGGACCUGGAGCAGAAACGGGACCUGCAAAAAUCCCUGUGCAGUCUGGUAUCCACCAGCCGCAGAAAAGUGCAGCUGGCAGCAACUACAAGUUCUACCGGUGGCCAAGUAGCGGCGGAGCUGCAGGCGCACGUGUGCGGGAUUCCGCACGUGGACAUCAUUCCCUCUCUAAUACCGUUGAUGAUGCGCGACCGGCGCUUCGAGGUAUCAAAUGCAAAAAUGUCUGGGUCUGGAAGGAUGCAACUUGUGAUGCUGCAUUUGGAUUCCAAAAAAAUCUGUAUUGCAUGAGCAGCAAAGGGAGUGUAAUUUUUGCUACGGAAAGAGGGCAUUUGUCAUGCGGAAUAUGGAUAUGCAUCCAGAAGCCCUCAAAAAAUCUCUGAUGCUAGGGCAUGCAUCACCGACAUCAUGGCUCAUGCAAAACUUGCAUGACAAUUCUCAGAAGCUUCCAGACCCAGACAUUUUUGCAUUUGAUACGAUGCGGCGAGUCACAUUUCGUACGCUUACCGGGCGGGAACAACGGCGCUGUCGGCUUACUUGCCGAAGGAGGAGAAUGAGAAUGAAAACGAAACUACUUCCACCACAGCAAGAGCAGAGCCUCACCUCGGUAGCGAAGAAAAGCAGGAUGGCAUCAACAUCAACAACCACGAUGAACUGCCCAUGAUGCAGGUGAAGGGAAAAUCCUGCGCCGUGGGGCAAAAAUUGCUGGAGUUGUUGGAGAAAAAGGACGGGUUUGAUUUUGUGAUUCUUCUCGUGACGCUGAAGCGGGUCAAGUCGUUGUAUCCCGAAAAAUUGGACAACAGCAACGCGAGUUUGAGUGCGAGCAACUUUAUCCCGACCUUUCUGAUCCCGCAGGUGGUGCAGCAGGCUAAGGAGCUUUUAGAGGAGAUCGUCGGGAAGGAGGAAAUCAUCUUCAAAAGUUCCCGAGCAGGAGGCGGGGCUAGUUUUGGCGGCCUCUCGUCCGGGGCGCAAUCCUCAUCUUCCCUGUCGCACCAGGGCGGCUGUACUGCGACCAAAGGCGGCAAUAAUGGUGGAGGUUCAGCAGCAGACACCGCUGUUGCUGGAGGAGGCUCUACUGUGCAGUCGACAGCGAAUAGGUCAGGGUCGGCCAGCACGGCCAGCAAUGCAGGUACAGCAGGAGGUCCUUCACCAGCGGGACCACCGUCUUCAGGCCCUGGCGGUAUGACGAAAUCCGGUUCAGCAAUUCUGUCAAACCGGAGCAGCAGCAAGCCGUCACAACAUCAAGGGACAGCUAUGUCAGGCAGUGCACAUCAAAGCACGACUUUUACAGCUCAGAAAGACCUCCACCAACGGCAUAUCUUGAGUAAAAACGUACCCACACCAGAGUCAGAGUGGGGAUUUUGCAACACAAACAUAGGAGUUUUGGGAGUCACGCAUGACAAGUUGCACUCCGUAGUGUAGUGCAGGUUAGAAAGUGCAGCCGCAUCACAGAUUCAUCUGCUCAUCCUGUUCACAGCAUCACAAAUCCCAAAACACGAUUGGAAAUGGCUCUCAUGGGGAUGCGCAUUACAAAUCUUCCUGUAACUGCAAAUCUGCAUUACAACUCUGGUGUGGGUACGUUUUUACUCAGGAUACGGCACUCCACCUCGAUCUCCCUGUCCGACAGUGUGCAACUACCGGAGUUGCCGAAACCUAUGCAUUGCAGAAUGUCUGGGUCUGGAAGGUUUGAACUUGUGAUACUGGAUUUCGAUUCUACAAGAAAUCUGUAUUGCAUGAACAGCAAAAGAGGUCCAGUUUUUGCCAUGAUGAGGGGGCAUUUCUAAUGCGGUAUAGGCAUCAGGAAGCCGUCGUAAAAUCUGUGAUGCUAGGGCAUGCAAAAUGUGCAUGACAAACCUUGCAUCCUUCCAGACCCAGACAUUUUUGCACUUGAUAAAACCGGUAAAAAGGCAGAAGUACAGCAAAAACCACUUCAAAUACCACUUGCAGCUGGAAAUGCAACAAGGGGUUGUGAAUAGUAGUAGUUCAUCAUCAUCUUCCACUGCGAAUGGCAAUCCUCACUCGGACGAAGGAACGUCCACUUUCCCCGGGUACUUUGAUCCAGAUGCGUUUCUGGAAAAGCUGUUUGAGGCCCCCGAUAUGGACCAGAUGGCUAUCAACGAGCAGAUUCUGCAAAACUUCCAGAAGCAGGAUCUCGAGUCUCUGCGCGAACUGAAGCACCCACAUGUCUUGGUGGAAAAAGUGAUUGUGUUGGUUGGCUUGCUGAAAAACUGCCAAGUUCUGAACGAAAAACUUUUCAACCAAGUGAUGCGAAAUGGAGGAGGCUCUGGUGGUUCCGCCGGGGAAGUAGAAGGUACUGGUUAUACCGUCGGAGGGGCGGGAGGAGGAGCAGGAUCGAACCCGAAUCCGCAUCGCAGCAGUUCCUCCUACCAAGCGAGCGGUAAUUCCGCCUUGGAUAUCUUGGCGAGUUCCCGGAUACUGAAUCCCCAAAACACGAUGGCACACAACAAUUACACGCAGAACAGAAAUGUUACUACCGACCAGAAUGUUGGUGAGAGCAACAAUAGUUCCUCGUCGAGCCAUAUCGAAUGCAAAUAUGUCUGGGUCUGGAAGAAUAGAAACUUGUCCUGCAAAGUUUCGAUGCCCCAAGAGGUCUGGAAUGCAAGACCUAGCAUGACAGAUUUUGCGAGGUCUUUAUCAUGCCUAUCCUGCAUGAGAAACUGCCUCUCGUGUUGAUCAAAAAAGCGCGACUUUUGGUGAUCACGCAAGACAGAUUUUUGCAUGAUCCAGACUUAGCAUGACAAGUUGGAACUCUUCCAGACCCAGACAUUUUUACAUUUGAUAAGCCAAUACAACAACUCCUCGGGGGACAGCCGCAUUUCGACUCAAAACUCGGGUGUCGCGUUAUCUUGUGUAAAAACAUUCCCACCCCGUAGUUGUCAUGCAAUUCUGCACGCUCAAAAUGUUUCUCAUGCGGAGCUCCAUGAGAAGGAUUUUCUAGUCGUGUUUUGGACCUUGUGAUGCUGGAAUGAGCAUGAGCUGCUAGAUUUGUGAUGCUUCUACACUAGGUAAGCAACAUUACAUUCCGAGCCAAAACUUGUCAUGCGCAACAGCCAAAGCUUGUUGAUUUGUCUUGCAGAUUUCCCAAUUUGACUAUGGGGUGAGGACGUUUUUACAUAUGAUACGCGUGGGCCACGCUGAAGGACUUGGUGCUGACCAAGACCCUGCGCAUGGAGCUUGUCUUCCUCCACGCAAAUCUCAUCACGGACAAAAAUUACGAAAACGCGGUCCGGCUGGCGCAGCAGCUCCAUGUGGCGGAAGUGCGGCGGAUCCAUAUCACAAGGAAAAAUCCCCCUGCCCAAAUAUCAAAACGAAAUUUCUGAUGCUGGAUUUGGAUCCACAAAUCAAAUUUGUGUUGCAGCAGAGGAGUGCGCGCAGGUCCUGAGCCUAAGCGGGGGCCUUUUGCUGUAGGCGCCUAGCAUGGUAGACGGCUACCCUGUAGGCCUUACAGCAUUACAAACCGCCUGCAUAACUUGGCGGACAGCCUGAAUGUGUCUUCUUGGAAGACAGACCCGAUUUGUGGCCACAAAUCUGCAUCACAAAUUUUCAGAAAGAUGCUUUUCCAAUAUGGGGAGGGGGGAUUUUUCCUUGCAAUAAUCCAGCCCGCGGCCGCGAUGCUCUUGGAGUACGCGCAGACCCUGCUUAUGAGGGUGCACAACUCCCCCUCCCCCUGCUUUGUCAUGCAAAGUGCCUAAUUUACGCCUGGGCUCUUGGCACUGUUUGCAUGACAAGUUCUGGCAGCCCAAAUAGCACUACACGCCUGUGGUCCAAAUUUGUCAUGCAAAACCUGUAUUCUUGCUGACGCUUGUAUUGCUGUUGCAAAUUAGAAGGAGGGGGAGUUGUGCACUGUCAUACUGCUGUUCGAGGAUUUAGAAAACGGAGGAGGUGGAGCGGGCUACACUGGCAUGCCAGGAAGCUGUGGCGGUGCAGCGGGGGGCGUGAUGAGUGGCAUCGGGGGUGGAAACAGGAAUAAUAUCGGAAAAAUGCAGCACGCGCUGCUGGAUAUCGACACGGGAAUCCAGACGGUCACGGUGGAAGAAACUUUCGCUUUAAAGGAACUAAGAAGACGGAAGUUGAUGGCAGCGGGAGGAGGCGGCGCUAGUCGUGGUGGCGGGCAUCAAGGUACGACGCCAGUUGGAGGGUAGAAGAGGGAGGGGUAAGGUGAAAGCAGCGUGACGUACGUGAUCUUCAUCCUGCUCAACAGGAGAGGACUCUGUAGUAUGUAACAAAGCACCGAAGUAGAAAAGAUCUUCUUGUGAGAUAGACAUGAUACUGCAGAUGAAGCAAUCAGUGCUCGCGAUUCUUCUGUACAGCUUUUUGCAGUUGUACUACUUGACGCCCUCUUGUUUAGUUCGCGCAACCGAAACAUGAUUCGAGGUAGAGAAAACUACGCACAGAAAAAGAGGACUGGAACCUCUGAGGAGCGGGGUUCUUUUUGUAAAGAGAUCCCUGUGGUGGGUGGAGCUGGAGGAAUGCAAAGACUGCGCCGUUCAACGUACUUCUAGUUGUUAUCAAGGAAAUUCGAAGAUUUCGGAACUGAUAAAAGUACUCU